AUGCAAUGCAAGAACCAAAGCACAGCAAGUGGAAUCCACCCUCAGAGAGGGAGAAAGAGCAAAACUUCACAAGAGAAGGGCGAUGAUCCGCAGUCCAUGCUCCAAUGGGAGACCCGACGGAGAAUUAACAACGCCCGGUUCCACUGCGAAAAUGUCAGGCUGAUUGAUUGCCUUGGAGGGUCCCUCUUUUUUUUCCCUCUCCCUGUGUGUGUCCCAGAGUCCCAGAACUCACUGGAAUUACCCACUGUGGUAAAAGUGAUGCUAUCUCGGGACAAUGAGGACCCUCUUGGCCCGAGCGUUUGCAGGCUGCAGAGAUUGUCGCUGGGAUCGCUGGCAGAAACUCUACUCCUCCUACAAUGA